GCGAAGGCGUUUCUUUAUUGUCUACCAUAAAUUUGCUUUUCUUCAUUUUUCGGAUGGUUUUUCUUCUCAUCCAGUUCGGAGCUGUUCUUCUCCUUUAAGUUUAUCCGAGUCAAAACUUGCUUUCGACAUAUCUUCCUGUAGUGUUGAAUCGCGUCCUAUUUUAGAUGUCUUGGUCAAUAGUCAUCUUCGGCGUCGAUGGCUUCCUUUGGAGGAUCCUCCUCGAGGCUUGGCGGAUCUUUGCUACUCUUUUGUUCAAGAUUUGGACGUUCCGAUGGGUGGUCCUGACGUUCCUAUUGCCAACAUUAUUCCUGGCGACAUUGACGUGGAUGGGGCUCCUGUUGAUAUUCCCAUAGCUCCUGCCGAGAUGGCGUUGCCUGAGAUUAUUAUUGUAGAUGAUGAUGAUGGAUCGGCUGAUCCUGUAGGUGACGAGGCGGUUCCGUCACUACUUCCCCCUCUAGCAUCAUCUAUCGUCUCGGGGGGAGUUGGGGGUGUGGCCUCAGAGGGGCCUGUUGUUGCUGAUUCGGGAGAGAUUUCUCUAGGUCGAGACCCGGAUUCUCCGUCUAGAAAAAGACGUCGAGUUGGCGAUGGUUCUCCAACAAGGGAGAGUUUUCCUGGAAGCUCUUCUUCUGCUCCAGACUUGGUUCAGUGGGUCGAAGGUCAGGAUCCUGCCAGUUUGCUGAAUCCGAGAGUGCUAGCGGAAUAUAUCCGGACUUUGGCGAUUCCUGCUGAUGUCACGUGGUUUUGUGGUAGGCCGGGUCAAGAGCUUUCCGAUCUGGCUUGUUUUCAUGGUUUCUCUGCUCUUCAAUCUGUUUUGGUAUUGAACGACCGCCGACAGUGUGCUGAGGAGGAGGUCGAGCGUCUGUCUUCUCUUUUGGCGACUUCUGAGUCUGAAAGGGCGAAAUUGAAGGCCUCUUUGGAAGAGCAUGAUUCUCUCCUGGCGCAGCUCAAGGCGCAGGAUGCGAUUAAUGAUCGCCAGGUGAAAGUGAUCGAGAAAAAGACCGAUGACUUGACUCAAGAGAUUGAGGAGCUCAUUCGGAUCAAUUCCCUUGUUGGUGGGGAGAGGGACAAUCUAAGAUCAGAGGCCAUCGCCCGUGAUCUCCUCGCCGAGAUGUCUAAAGACCGCGUUUAG